GUUGCCGUGGUUACGCUGAGGCACGUGUGCAGUCCCGGAAGCGGCCUGGGGAAGCUGCUCAGCGCGGGCCGCCGGAGGAAGCGCCGCCCGGUUCGCUCGGGUCGGGUCCGGCUGGGCCAUGGAGUCGUUGCUGGAGCCUGCACCGCGCUGUCUUCUGCUUUUCCCUUUGCUGCUGCUGCUGCUGCUACUGCCCGCCCCAGAGCUGGGCCCGAGCCAGGCCGGAGCCGAGGAGACCGACUGGGUCCGGCUCCCCAGCAAAGGAGAAGUGUGUAAGUACGUCGCUGUGGAGCUGAAGUCAGCCUUUGAGGAGACUGGCAGGACCAAGGAGGUGAUCGACACGGGCUACGGCAUCCUGGACCGGAAGGCCUCCGGAGUCAAGUACACCAAGUCCAUUUCAGAGCCCCCAGACCAGAUGACCUAUCUUCCUUCCAGCUCUGACUUACCGAGGGGGACUCAGUUCCUGUCGUGCUGCUGUCUCGGCAGGGAUUUACGGUUAAUCGAAGUCACUGAGACCAUUUGCAAGAGGCUCCUGGACUAUAGCCUGCACAAGGAGAGGACCGGCAGCAACCGGUUUGCCAAGGGCAUGUCGGAGACCUUCGAGACGCUGCACAACCUGGUGCACAAGGGCGUCAAGGUGGUGAUGGACAUCCCCUACGAGCUGUGGAACGAGACCUCUGCAGAGGUGGCCGACCUCAAGAAGCAGUGCGACGUGCUGGUGGAAGAGUUUGAGGAGGUGAUCGAGGACUGGUACAGGAACCACCAGGAGGAGGACCUGACCGAAUUCCUCUGCGCCAACCACGUGCUGAAGGGAAAGGACACCAGUUGCCUGGCAGAGCAGUGGACUGGCAAGAAGGGGGACACCGCCGCCCUGGGAGAGAAGAAGUCCAAGAAGAAGGGUAGCAAGGCCAAGGCAUCGGGAGGCAGGAGCAGCGGCAGCAAACAGAGGAAGGAGCUGGGCGGCCUGGAGGGGGAUCCCAGCCCCGAGGAGGACGAGGGCAUCCAGAAGGCCUCCCCCCUCACACACAGCCCCCCUGACGAACUCUGAGCCGAACCUGGUGUCCCCUGUGUGAGACCCCUGACCUGGACGCUGAAGAAUCCCCAGCGGGGCUCUGGCUGGCAGAGGUGGCUCUCCCAGCAGCAGGUCCUCCCUGCGUCACUGUGUCAAGAAGAGACAGGCCCCACGAGGAACUUGGAGUGGCCACCGCCAGCUGCGUCGGCCUGUCCUCACUGCCAGGCAUGUCCCGCCACAGGCGUCAGGACUGCGAGGACGCCGCUGUGAACUCAGGAGGGGCAGCUGUCAGCUGGUCGCUGGGACUGGAGCCCUCCACCUUCACCUCCCCUCAUCCUGCCCCCACGGGAAGCACCCCCGCCACACCCCGCCCCUCCUCUCUGCUCGCGCCCUCCCGGGGACACCUCAUGACCUGCUCAGCCCCCUUCCCCAGGGCUCACAGAGUAAAACCUUUAGGCCUUUUGGUUCCGA